AUGGAAGAGACGAUGCCGCCGUUUCCCACGAACGUGACGACGCAUCCGUUGCUGGUCAUCGACCAUGCAAGGAUCGUAGCGGGAGAUGAAGAGGAGGUGGACAGGUUAUGGCACGCGGCGACGACGCUUGGAUUCUGGUACUUGAAGAACCAUGGCGUGGAAGAGGAGGUUCGACGCAUGUUCGAGAUGGGGCGGGAGACGAUGGCGUUGCCGAUGGAGGAGAAGAUGAAGUUCGAGCAGGGGGACAGCGGAAUGUCUGCAGGGUACAAGGCGGCCGGGGCGAAUGCAACAGACGAGAACGGGAGCCCAGACACUGUCGAGUUCAUUAACGUCGCCAAGGACGAUGCGCUAGCGUACCCGCGCGUCGUGUACCGGACCUACCCCCGCACGGUUAACGCCCGGAUGGAGACUGCCGUCCGGCCGUUCGUCGCCAAGUCGAGCGCGGUCAACACGACCCUCCUGCGCGUGUUAGGGCGGAGGCUGGGGCUUCCGGAGGGCGCGUUGGAGAAGAGGCACAGUGAUGUCGAGACGAGUGGGAGCGAAGCGCGCUGCAUCCGCAAGCCCGCGAUGAGCGAGAAAGCCGCGUCGAGCGCGGUGGCGAUCGGGGGCCACACGGAUUUCGGGAGCUUGAGCUUCUUGCAUAACAGACUUGGAGGAUUGCAGGUUUUGACGCCGGGAACAGACGAGUGGCAGUACGUCAAGCCGAUACCUGGUCAUGCAAUAUGCAACCUCGGAGAUGCUAUGGCCCUGUUCAGCGGCGGUAUCCUUCGGUCUAAUAUGCAUCGCGUGGUCCCUCCUCCCGGCGAACAGUCCAAAUUCGAGCGUUGGUCACUAGUCUUCUUCACGCGACCAGGGAACUCCGUACCGCUGCGUGCGCUGGAGGCAGAGAGCGCGUUGAUCGCCGAGGCGGUGGAGAAAGCGGAUGACUCGGAGAAGUACAGAGGCACAUGGACCUCGAGCGAUUGGUUCGCCCGAAGGAUCAAGAAUCAGCGUUUGCGCAACCGAACGGUAUGUGAUGAUGUUCCUACGCCGAAUUUCACCUCUCCUAAAUGCAAGUCAUUUACUGCAGGGCCCAGAGACAUGGCGUGCGAGUCGCGGCACUGA